UUAAGCCCGACUGUGAACGUGUCCUGUGAUUUCAAUGUGAUAAUCACUGAAAUCUGUUCUGGGUCAUGCUUCCUGUUUCCAGUCUUGCAAAAAGGGUAGGUGAAGAUAAGCAAUGAAUGAAAUAUCACUGUUGGAUGCUGUAAGCAGUCUUCUCAUGACUUCUUUGAAAUGGAAAAAGGAUUGUUUUAUCGUUCUCGUGACUUUACAAACCCUCUGUGCUAGUCAUUUUGUUUAUGAUAACAAACAUAAAAAUGUCAGUAGGUUAUUGAAAGAGAAAAUGUUACCAUGCCAGUAAGUAUAAUUAAUUUUUAGGAACAGUAGAAUGAAAAUACUUCAAAUCUAUUUGUUGAUAUUUUUGUAUUUUCCAUAAAAUUCCUCAGCCAAUUCAGAUUUCUAUUUUCUCCAUGUUCUUUUCAAGGUACUGACAGAUUCAUAUUGUGGAUAUUACAAAAGAAAUUUAGAAAUAGGGGAAAAUGUAGAAAGACUUAGUGUUUAAACUCCUUAUAAACUUUUCUAUAAACACUGAUUCCACUGGUUCACUUUCUGACUCAGUUUAUAUCCUUUGUUGUUCUACUACUCAUAAAUGGAUCAAAGCCCCUUACAGUAAAAUAAGACUCGAAUGUGAAGAAAUUAAAAUUGAAAGUGUUUCAAAAUCUGACUUUCUGUAAGGGGGACUCCCUGUUUUCCAGUCGAUAAGGCAGUUCACAUUUUCUGCAUCAUUUUAUUUCCUUGUCCUUCUAAAAGAGGAGACAGACUGGGAUAUUCAGCACAUUAAGCUGCAAUUACAUUACAAUUAGACUAAAUUCUUCUAUGCAUUCUGUCCCUAUGGAGGAAGUCAGCUGACAAAAUUAAUAUUUUUGGUCAGCUCAAAAGUAAAAGUGAAAAUAAAAUGUAACUAUUUUAAUGAAAACUGCAGGGCAUUCAGUAAAACUGCUUGGGAGAGUCCAGGGAAAUGACCCCUCAGAAAAGACUGAAGGCUGCAUAAGGGUGGCAGAUGGCUGCUAGUGCUUGAAAAUCAAGUGAGGGUAAUAGUUCAAGGUCUGCCAAAUUCUGGAGGAUGCAGAUUAAGAAGAAAUCUUCCAUAAAUCUAUGGUCUGACAGCUCUUGUAAUUUCAUGCAUGAAAAUAAAUCAUUUUGCAAAAGCUGUAGAAAACCGUGCGUAAAGUGAGCACAGUAGUGCACUUAAACUGCUGCUAUUCCUAAAUCUCAGAUUAGGAUGUAUUGAGAGGGGCUGUUAAGAAACAUCGUGUCUUGAGCAAACAAAAAGACUCAUUUUAAAAACAUGCAUCCAGUUUAUGACUUCCAAACAGGAGAGGAGAGAUCGCUAAUUGAUUCUUUGUCAGAGCUAAAUCAAAAUUCUUCUUACUGCACCAAUACAGUAACAGAGCACUGCUUUUUCUUGUUUCCUGAGGGCAGCAAACUGCUAGGAUUAUUCCUGAAUGCCCUGGAAAGCAACAGUGCUCAUCUUUGCAUCUACAUGUUUUACGUCUUCAUUGAAAUGUUUACCAGCAGCCAGUGGGAAUGAAUAUGGCCAAACUAAUUGCAGUUAUCUGAUGCCCAAAGUCCUGUUUCCAUGCUUGCUUUGAACAAGAUAUCCUGCAACCAUUGGUUUACCAUAGUUGGAGUCAAAGCAAUGGAAAUUAUUCUUUCUGGCUGUACAGUAUAAAAACUAUAAGUGAGGCAUUUAUUCCCAUCUAUUCCCUUUGGGUCUUCUGUUAGCCACUGCUAGAGGUGGAAUAUUGGAGCAAAGGGACAAGGCAAAAUCUUGUAAUAAAAUGGUGCUAUUCUAUAUGAAAAUUGGCUAUUUCUUUUAAUACUUGAAAUCUAAUACUAAGGUCUAUAGAAACAUUACUAUUUAACUGUUCUAGUCCUCUGGUGCAUUUUUAUUUGUGACUGCUUUCUCAUUUUGUAAAAGAAAAUCUGUCCUGUGAUUACAAGAGAAUCUAGGAGGAUGCUUCUGUUGUAUGAGGAACUUGCAUAAUGUCAUAUCAUGGGAAAGCUGGAAAGAGUUUUGGAACCAUCUAGUUUAAUUUCUAGUUGUUUGAACAAUACUGCUGUGCUUAUUCCACUGAGAUUAUAAUAGUAGAUAACGUAUAGGAUUCAAUUAAGUGAAUGCCACACCAAUUUUCUGUGGUAUUUUCUCCAGUCAUACAGCCACGAGCUAUAUCUCAUUAGAUGUUAAUGAAUUUAGAUGAGAGACCCCUGAGGAACUAAUUGCUGAUGCAAUUUUCUAGUUCAUCAGAGAAUGCUGCUUUCUUUGUUGGUAUCAUUAGACAAGUGGCCUUCCAGCUUUCGGGCCAAAACAUUCUAGAUAUCCAAGUGAUUAACUUCUUGAGUGUGAUCUGCUACUAAAUUAAGAAUAUCUUACUGCAUUUGAUACCCUCAUUUCUCCCAAGUACUGAAUUAAAAGUUAAGGCAGAAAUGUGCUGGUGGAGAAAUACUUGUACCUGUAAGUUAGCUUAACUGGUUGUCAGGCUCUGGAAUUUUAUUUUCCAAAUUCAUAUUAAAUAUUUUGUUACAGUAGUCCAAAUGUAUGCUGCAUCUACUUUUAGUCAACCAAAUAGAUGUUCUAUUUUUUCAUUAAGGCAUUAAAGCCAGGUCCUGGCUUAAUAGUAAAUCCCUCAUUGUGAUCAGAUUUUGAGUUUAAGUUCAACCUUCUUUUUCACCUUCUCUCUCUCUCUCUUUUUUUUUUUUCCAAUCCUCUGAAUGAACCACUUGUUCCCAGCUGAGGCAAGUCAUUUUGUCACUGCUAUACAUUUUUACGUAUUUUGGUGGUAUGCUUUGUUGUAAAAUAGUGAUUUUUCCAAGAAUAGAACCGAAGUGCUGCAGUUCAUGAUGUUCACUGUUGGGCUUAUAAAAGGCCUUGAGACGCAUUUAGACGACAGGAACUUCACAAAUGAACCUCUUGUUCCUGUGAGCAGAGUAAAUAAUAAUAGCCUGUGAUGUAAAAAGCCCACUUCUGUUCGCACUUAAAAGUUGAUAAACAUCAGCCAGCUACCUCUGGAAGGAAAAAGUGCAGUCCUGAAAUGUUUCUAUGAUGAGAAAAAAAGUGAUUCACAGCAUGUGUGAAAUCAGGACAAGUACCAGAAGUAUUGCCAGAUGAGAGAGAAUUUCAACACGCAGCUAAAACGAACAAUUUGGAAACCAUGGAAAAGCUGUUUAAGAAGAACCUUAAUAUAAACGCAGUGGAUACUUUGAAGCGCACUGCACUGCAUUUUGCUGUUGCAGGAAGUCACACGUCUGCGGUGGAUUUUCUGCUCCAUCACAAAGCUAGAGUUGAUAUGGCAGAUCAGCAUGGCCUGACAGUGAUCCAUCUUGCAGCUUGGACUGGAAAUCUGGAUAUAAUGAGGAAAUUAGUUAAAGCUGGUGCUGAUCAAAAAGCUAAGAAUGAGGAAGAAAUGAAUGCACUGCACUUUGCAGCACAGAACAACAGUGUUAAAAUAAUUGAUUAUUUUCUCCAAGAUCUUCAUCUGACUGACUUGAACAAGCCUGAUGGGAAUGGUAGAAAGCCAUUUCUUCUGGCAGCAGAAAGAGGCCAUGCUGACAUGAUAAAUAAUCUAAUAGCUCUAAAUCUGUUCACGACCGAAAAAGAUAAGGAGGGAAACACAGCCCUACAUCUGGCAGCUAAAAAUGGCCACAGUGAAGCUGUAGUGAUUCUGCUCAAACACUGGGAUGAAGUAAAUGACUUCAAUCAGAAUGGAGAAACUCCAUUUUACUUGUCUGUUGAAAGAGGUAAUGAAAAAUGUGCUGAACUCCUACUGGAAGCAGGAAGUAACAUUGAUGUUUUAACUCACAACAACAGCAGUGCAUUGCAGGCUGCCAUUCAGAAUGGACAUCAAUCCUUGGUCACUUUUCUUAUUGAUAAGAACAUUGACCUGGUCCCUAAACCUGAGCAGAAGAAUUCCCCUCUGCAUUUAGCAGUCAUCAGUAAUCAUCUGCUGAUUGUGAAAAAACUCUUGGAAGCGAAUCAUGACAUAAACUUCUUAAAUCAUAGGCAUGAAACUCCCCUACAUUUGGCUGCUGAUGUUGGCAAUGUGGAGAUGGUAGAAGUGCUGCUGAAGGCAGGUUGUGACCUCAAGAUCAUGGACAGGCAUGGAAGAACUGCACUUGCCGUGGCUUCAAGGAGCAAUUACGCCCUCAUUGUAGAUAUGAUCAUUAAAGCAGAAAGGCAUUAUGCCAUGGAACAGGCACACCUAGGUCAUGGUGACGGUUGGUCAGACUCUGAUUUGUCCUUCAAACAAGAUCACAGUACACGCACCAAGCAACUCCGUUCCUCCCUGUGGAAUCUGGCGUACAAUCAUUUAAAACCCCAGGAAUGGAAAAUACUGGCCCUGUUCUGGAAGUUCACAGAUGAGCAGAUUAAAGCUAUUGAGGAACAAUGGACAGGGAAGAAAAGUUAUAAAGAACACGGCCACAGAAUGCUGCUGAUCUGGUUACAUGGUACUUUGUUGGCCCAUCAGAAUCCUGUCAAGCAUAUAUUCAAAGACUUGGUGGAAGCAGGAUUUCAGCAUUUAGCUGAGAAGAUCAGAACUGAAAGUAGCACUGACAUGGAGUCCAGAAAAUGUGAAAUUUCAUGAGUUCAUUGAUAAAUGGCAUAUGUGAUGGAAUUACAUGCCAGCUGGAGAGACUUUCAUAUACAAAUAUCUUCUCUAGAAAUGAAAAUGUAUUUUGAAGCUGCAAGCUAGAAGAACUUGCUCUCCUGAAAUACCGGUUAUUCUUUGCAAUACAAUGAUCUAAAGUGAAUGCCUAGAUGGUAAUUUAGGACUAUAUUGUCAAGCAAGAGCCACCCUAUAAUUUCUGCGCCUGCCUUAACAUCGUGUAGUAAUUCUUUAUCAGAACUCCCCACUAAAGCUACAUUGUGUUUGACCUAAAAUGUAAAUGAGACAUUUUCUUGUUGAAAUAAAUUUAAUAAGUGAAAA